UAUAUUACAAUAAUCAAUCUCCCAUUUACAUAUUAUUUCCGAAAAACUGAACAGCCGAUUUUCGUUAAGGGCAUAAUGAUUUAUGCAGACAGAAAUCGAUUAAUUUACUCCUUUUUCGUGAGAGUGAAAGGUUAAGGUUGGCCAUCGCAUUAUUUUCUUUUUAUUUGAUCCGAUGUGUCUAAGUAUGUGAUGGCUAAGCGUACCGGGAUACAUUGAAGAUAUAUCUUUAAAGACAAUAGAUAUUAUAUAAAUAAUAAUAUAAAAAUGUAUAAGAUAAAUAUGAAAAUCAAAAUUUAAUUGUGCUCCGGAAUUUAAUAUAGAUACUCGGUACAUUUAUGUUGCUUUUGAUUUGACUGAUUGACAGUUAUAUAGGUUAUGUUAGAAUUUGUUUUAAAUAUUUGUGUGUUAUAUUCUGGUAAAUAUUUACAAUGGUGUCAACACGAGGACCAAAAUUUAAAUUUUGUGAUGGAGAAAAAGUGUUAUGUUAUGAACCAGAUCCCACAAAGGCAAAAGUGUUAUAUGACUCGAAGGUACUUGACGUUAUUGUAAAUAAAGAUCAAAGAGGAAGAAAAGCUGUGGAAUAUCUCAUACAUUUUCAAGGUUGGAAUUCAUCUUGGGACCGUUGUGUGACAGAAGAAUAUGUGCUUAAAGAUACAGAAGAAAAUCGCCAACUUCAACGAGAUUUAGCACAAAAAGCACAACUUCAACUUGGUGCUUAUUUAUAUCGCCGUGAACGCAAGAAAAGAAGUCAUAAAAUGUCAGAACGUUUAGCUGAAGCAGAACACCAAGAAUCUCGUCGUAGAGCAAGGAGUGGUGGCAGCCGAGCUACAUCAGCCACUACUGGAUCUUCAGAAGAUGGUAGUUCAGGUCAGCAUGCUGAUUAUGAUACAGAGGAAGUAAACACAGAAGAAGACACAGAGAGUAGCUCUGAUUAUAUGGGUGAAACGAGUGAUGAUGAAGAUAGUGGUGGAGGUAGCCAAUCUGGAGCCAGUAUUAAACCAGGAAUUGAUAUUGACAUAGGUAGUACUUUAAAACGAAAUUUAGAACAGGAUUGUGACCUAAUAACAAAUAAAAAUAAGCUUGUAGUUCUUCCUGCACAACCUACUGUGAUAAAUAUUUUGGAAUCUUGGGUGCAACAUUUUACUACAACUCAAUUGACAAAUAUUCCAGAAAAACCUCAACGGAAUAAAGCAAAUAAUACAAUAGAAAAAACAGUGAACGAAAUAAAUAUAUGCCGAGAAACUGCAGAUGGUUUGCGCAUAUAUUUUGAUGUCACAAUACCUCAUCUUCUUUUAUAUAAACAAGAAAAGGAGCAAUAUUGUUUUCUGAAAUCCUCUUUAUGUAACGAGCAAACAAAUAUUACAAAAGAGGAACCAAUUGAGAAUCUGGACACAUCAAGGGAGGAAUUUGAAGAUGCAGAAUAUGCUCAUUUACCACCCUUUCAAGAACAUGAUUCAGAAAUGGACAAUGCAUCUAAACCAUCAAAUAAUUCUAAGCGUAGGUUACGAUCGUGUCGUGUAAGUUCAGUCGACGAAAGCCGGCAAUUAAGAUCGUAUGACGAAGGAAAGCAAGAUGGCGGUAAUUUAUCGAGCCCACGAGGUGUAACACUAAGAUUGCCGCCUGUUGUUACAUCUGCUCAAGUAAAUGCUUUACUUCAGCAAUCAAAUAAAUGGAGAUUAAUGCCUCAAGUUUUAAAGCAAGGUGAAAAUUCAACAUAUCCGUCUACUUAUUAUGGUGCCAUUCAUUUAACUAGAUUAUUUGUUAAAUUACCCGAGUUAUUACAAUCUACAGAUAUGUCGAGCAAAAAAUUAAAAGUACUCAUAAAAUAUUUGGAUAUGUUUCUAAGCUAUCUGGAGAUGCAUAGGGAAUGGUUUGGUGAACAAUUUUAUAUGCAAGCCGAAAAUCGAGCAGUACCACAAAUGAAUAAUGUUUAAUAAUAUACAGUAUAUGUAACAAUAUAUUACUUUCCUUAAUCUAAAAUGUGAUUAUAUACACAUUAAACAUACACAUAAAUGUAUUUUUGUCU